GCCCCCCUGCUGGACCCUGUUUCUGCAUACAGCACGGAGUAGCUAGUACUCCGUAGUUCCAUGAAUAUUGCCAAAAGGGCGAGGAACCCACCGCGAUCCAGGAGUUUUGCAUCAUCGCCCACCAUGACAUCACUGUCGCCGAGGCUGGAAUCCGGAAGGCAAUCCUCCAGUCAUGAGCUUACAAAGGCUGGCCGUAUUUCCUCAUGCCCCUCCUCGGCCUCGGCCUGUCCCUUCCCUCUUUGUUCGCCCGAGACUAUCUAAACCAUCUUCAUCUACCUCAAACCUUGAUAGCCCGGACCCUGACAAACUGGUUGGAGGAGCUAUUUAAGCGCUGACUGUGCCCCUCCCUCCUUAUCGUAUUUUCUCUCCUCCCCCUCCCUCCCUCUUCUGUGCAGCUCUUCUGUUUCCUAUCCCACACCCCCCUCCCCCCGCGCGUCUCCCCGUUGUAUGGGUGUCGUUCCCCUUCCUAUCUGCCAUCAUGUCUAUUAAGCGUGCGCUCUCCAAAAUCAAACCUCUCAAAACCAGCGAUGAGGACUCAACCGCCUCCGCUCCUGCUUCCACCACCCCCAUAUCCCCUCGGCGCAGUAUUCUCAGCAAUUUCUUGCGUGAUCGGGACUAUGUCUCUUCUUCCGACGAUGUAUCUGAUGACUCCUCCUCCCCGGGCGCCAUGAGCAAGAACCAGCAGAAGCGCCUGGCCCGCAAACAGCGCAAGGAACGGUCUCGGCUCAGCGAGGAGCGCCACUCCGAGGAGUCUGACAUGCGUCACAAAGAGGAGGUUGCCGAUGCUGCCCGCGAGGAGACCAUCGAAAUGAAGGCGCGCUAUGGUCAAUUGCCGCUGGUGCAGUCUCGCACACGCUCCCUGGAGGCUCGCACCAACUUCGGCGAGAUCUCCGAGGCAUUGGUGGGCAAACAGGUGCUCUUCACGGCCCGCCUACAUAUAAUCCGCCGCAUGAGUGCCAGGUUGGUUUUCCUGGUUUUUCGCCAGCAGCUCUUUACAUUUCAGGGUGUUCUACACGAGGAGCAGGGUGUCAAGUCCAUCGCCAUGGUUCAUUGGGCCGAACAUCUGCGGUUGGGCUCCAUUGUGCGCGUGCGCGGCACAGUCCAGCGACCCCAGGUGCCCGUGCUGGGCUGUACAAUCCAUGAUGUUGAGCUCUCCAUCGAUGACCUUCACCUCGUCGUGCGACGCGAGGAGCCUGUCCCCUUCAGCAUCUACGAGGCUGAGAUCCAGACCGCGGAAGAGGAGCGAAUUGAAGGCCGCCGAAGCCACAUUCCAGACCGCACCCGGCUGGCUAAUCGCCUGCUUGAUUUGCGUACUCCGACCUCCCAAUCGAUCUUUCGCAUUCAGUCCGCCGUCAGCAACCUCUUCAGGACUGCCCUAGAUGCGCAGGGCUUCAUUGAGAUCCAUACGCCCAAGCUGCAAGGAGCUGCUACAGAGUCUGGCGCCAGUGUAUUCCACGUCCAGUACUUUGGCCGCGAUGCCUUCUUGGCCCAGAGUCCCCAGCUGGCUAAGCAGAUGGCCAUCGCUGCUGAUUUUGGUCGAGUCUAUGAGAUUGGCGCUGUUUUCCGCGCGGAAAACUCCAACACACACCGCCAUCUGACUGAAUAUACCGGACUAGACAUCGAGAUGGCUAUUGAUGAGCAUUAUCACGAGAUGUUGGACGUGCUGGACGCCGUAAUCAAAUCCAUCCUGGAGGGUGUCUACGGUCGUUUCCGCCGCGAAGUCGAAACUAUUAAGCAUCAGUUCCCCUCGGAUGAUGUUGUUUGGCUGGAGAAGACCCCUAUCAUUCGAUUCUCGGACGGCAUUAAAAUGCUGAACGACUCCGGUUGGCGCGACGAGGACGGGAAUCUGUUGCCAGACGACGAGGAUCUGCACACCCGCGAUGAGAUCCGUCUGGGAGAAUUGGUCAAGGAGAAGUACAACACCGAUUAUUACGUUCUGGACAAGUUCCCCGUUAGUGCGCGCCCCUUCUACACCAUGCCCGAUCCGGACGACGAUAGAUUCACCAACUCUUUCGACAUCUUCGUCCGAGGCCAGGAGAUCGUUUCCGGAGGCCAACGAAUUCACGACCCUCAUAUGCUAGAGGACAACAUGCGCCGAGUGGGCAUUGAGCCGGAUACCAUGGAAGAAUAUAUGGAAGGCUUCCGGUGGGGAGCGCCACCGCACGCCGGUGCCGGUGUGGGCUUGGAACGCCUGCUGAUGCUACUCCUCAAGUUGGGCAACAUCCGCCUGGCUUCGCUCUUCCAUCGGGACCCCAAGACCUUCCCGGCUAAGCCCACGACCGUGCAGUUGCGACACCCGGAAUCGUCUACCAUCGAGCCACCGUGGGUGCGAGACAAGAAGGGCACCACCGUACAGGAUGAGAGUCAGUUACAGCCCCUUGAGCAUCUGAUUGCCAACUACGGCGAUGCCACAUCCACCUCGUGGGGCGAUGAACGCUUCAAGAUCUGGCGCGACCCCAACACAGGUGCUGCUGUCUCCUAUGUGCCGAGCACCAGCGGCUAUGUAAUCAUCCCAGGAAACCCUCUGUGCGAUCCUCGGCAGUACCGUCAAAUCAUCACCCAGUUCCUACAAUGGAUGCGGCGCGAGACGAAAUACAAGCCGGUCUGGCUUCUGUGCUCCCCUGAGGUCGAGAACGUCCUGGGCGAACGAUUGGGCUGGCGGACACUGUCCUGCAUCGCCGAAGAACGUGUGAACCCCGCUCGCAACAUGGCAGCAUCGGAUGGCGAGAUUGCCCGCAAAAUCCGGCACGCGGAGGGUGAGGGCGUCAAGAUCGUGGCCUUGAGCAAGGGCGAGAUGGUAUCUGACGAGAUCCGCGAAAAGAUCGACAAGCGUAUCCAAGACUGGCUGAAGAGCCGCAAGGGAACGCAGGUGCAUCUGUCAGAGAUCCACCCCUGGCGCGACCCUGAGCAUCGCUGGUACUUCUACGCGGUCGAUAAGGAGGGCACCAUCUGUGCCUUUGUAGCCUUGGCCACUCUCGCACCCGUCCAUGGCAUGCAAAUCAAGUACAGUUUUGACUUCCCGGGAUCACCCAACGGGGUCAUUGAGCAAAUCGUUACGCAUGCGAUCCAGACCGGAGCUGCGGCAGGUGUCAAGUCCUUCACCUUUGGUGCAGGUGCUAUGUCCAAGCUCACGCCCGGCCAUAACCUGCAUGGCGCCCGGAUAAAGAUGCUGCAGCAUACCUAUGACACUAUGGCCAAGCAGUUCCAUCUGGUGCGCAAGAGUGAGUUCCGGGCGAAGCUUGGAGCUGAGGAUGAUCCGCUCUACAUUGCCUAUCCGCCGCACGGACUUGGCACCAAGGGCAUGAGAGCAGUGCUCCAUUUCUUUGAAGAUUAAUCGUAAUAUCACCUGCAUGAUCUACUAAUUAGAUGGCGUGGUAAAUCACUGAUUAUCCUCUUGAGAGACAGUUGCAUUGGGCACAUAGAUCAUGUUCAGGAUUUUCCCUGUUGAAUAUUCCCCCUUUUGUUUGGCUCUGGAUGAGUGUUGGCAGUUUUGACUGCUCAUGUGUUAAUCUUGUCUGUUUGCAUUUGCCCAUACUAAAAUGAUAAUGAUAGAUGUAAUUUUAUUUAACUUCAUGUACUAAUGAAGCGCUGUGUAUAUUCCUGGGAUUUAAAUCAUUCAUCAUAAUGGAC